GUAAGUAUAUGUGUACUUUUGUUUUAGAUGUAUAAAAAAUAUGGAUUGAAUACAUCUUAUAUUAAGGUAGAUAAUUCGGACAUAGAAUCAUGGUUCCUAUGACAGUAUUGUUUAUUUUCAUGUUAUUGAACAGCCAUCAAGUUGCGUUAGAGACCGUUAUAGUAAGAACAUAUUACAAUACAGAAUUAUCAUGGACAGAUGCUAAAGAUUACUGCUUUAACCAGAGCAGUAUUCUGGAAGCUAACCAUACAGAUACCAUGACAAGUUUUGAAAACGAGACAGCACAAAUAUGGACUGGAUCUUAUACCACGUGGUCUAACUGGGCUGUAAUCUGGGGCUGUUAUAUGUCUCCCCAGACAGUAUUUGCUACGUUUGAGGACACAAAUGACGGAAAGUAUGACUGUCAACAGUACUGUCAAUUGUCACAAUACUUUGCUUUUGAGGGUGGUGCGUGUUACUGUCUAGGUGAAACCGGUUCUCCCGUCUCAUACUCCUAUUGUCAAACACCGAGGCAAACACCGAGUUAUGUAAUUGUUAAUAAGCAAAAUAUAAUCGGAGUACUGAGAACAUUAGAUGACACACCAGAAGACCAACUAAAAUGUAUGUCAGCUCAGUGUCAGGACGGAGAAAUCAUUCUCAGAUCAGAAAACUGCAACAGUUAUUAUGAAGGAAUAUGUGAAUCUGGUUUUAACAAUGGGAGCAAUACAACUCAACCUACCGCUGCUACGUUAUGUGACAAUGCUGAUUCAUUUUUGCAGUGGUACAAUAACAAAUCUUUUUGUAAUACUGGGAAGACAAACCAACUAUGGACCAGUGCAACACGUGUUAUUAAUACAUACGAUCUAACAACAAAUGAUCAAACAUCAUCUAUCAAUCCACUGAUGUGUGAGUACAUGGACUUCCGCAAUUCAUCAACAUCGUUUGGAAACUGUACAGACAGACGGACAUUUAUUUGUAGAUUUGAGAAAAUUGUGUUACCAAGCGAAACUUUUGCAAGUGAUAAUAUUUUAGGUAUAUCAAUGUAUGGACUGAUGGGUUUAAUUUCACUGAUGAUAGUCAUUAUAAUUAUUGUCGUUAGCAACAAAACAAGUUAUUCCAAAACUCGAAAAAAGGAGAAAGUAAAAGAGCAUGCAGCCGUUGUUAACAAACGUUCAUAUUCUGUACAAAUUACCGAAUUACAAUCCCCAUUGGAAGAUAUAAUAGAAGACAGCGAUAGUAGCAAUGAACAAUCAAGUGAUGGAAGAAGCAGCGGAAACGGAAGUGUGUUGGGAGUGCAGACAUCUUUUAAAAAAGAUAAAUUAAAUAAACGUCUUACAACUUUCAAAAGAGGCAGUCAUCGAUCAAAAGUAGAAAUCGGAAACAUUACUACUAGAAAAGUUGAAGGAACAAUUGAUAACGAUGAAUCAAUCAGCAAUAUUUGUCAUACUAAAACACAAACGGAACAAUCAAUACUUAACUCAAACACUACCAAUGUUGACUCAUAUAUAAGUGAACAUAUUCCCAGCAUCACCAGUAGCUCUGACCACGAAGAAGAUGAUCAUCAUAAUAAUGACUUACAAAAGCAGUAUCAACCAAACAAGCCUGCAUUUACCAUAAAUCAAGAGAACAAAACAGAUACAAGAAACAACAAUUGUCCCGAGUUGGCUUUACAAGUUGAUUUUGCAGAUACUAAAGACACGAAGAACUUUGCAAUUCCUGCCCGUGAUACCACAAAUGAAUUAUCUGGUAAUGCGGAUUCCAAAGAUGUGGAAAAUUCAUCUAGAAGAGAAAUGGACUUGACAUAUGAUUUAACUGGGGAUUACGAUCACAUUGACGACCCCGAAGAUGUACCACACGCUUCCCAAAGACAGUUCGACUUUUCAAUAUGUUCAAAUGAAUUAACCAGUAAAUAUGAUGACAUUAAGGAACCCGAAGAUGCAUUCAAUGUCUUCAGAAUACAAAAUGAGUUUUCACAUGAAUUAACCGGUGAUUAUGAUGAUAUUAAGGAACCCGAAGAUUCAUGCCAUGCCUCCAGAAUACAAAAUCAAUUUACACAUGAAUUAAGCGGUGAUUAUGAUGAUAUGAAUGAUUCUAAAGAUAUGACAGGCUCUUCUAGAGGACAACUCGACUUUACAAAUGAAUUAACUGGGGGUGAUUACGAUGAUAUUGAUACUACAGAAGAAAUGUUAAUUCAUACCCAACCUAUGCAUGUUUUCACAAAUGAGCAAACCCAAGAUUAUGACGAAAUUGAUGAAAGGAAAGACACAUUUACUCCUAACGAGGAGAAACAUUUAUUUACUAAGAAACUAUCAUUAAAUGACAUAUAUGAUGGCAUAGAAGAAACAACUAACGAAAAGACGGACCAAAGAUACCAUAGAAAUGAAAUUAUUCCUGCUGACAAUGCGUCCAAGUUUAAUUUAACCCUGGAGAAAGAUAGAAAAUCGUCUUUCGGUCAGUUUGAUGACUAUGAUGAAAUUGAAGAUUCCAGUGAUGCAAUGUAUACAACAACAGAGCCAUACAUUGGCAUGUCUCCGAUAAUAGAGCAAUACAUUGGCACGUCUCAAGGGAGUGGUGCGACGACAGAACAAUACAUUGACAUGUCUCAUGGCAUCCGUGCGACACAAUUAUCUAACAGUGAAGGUCGCAGUACAACAAACACAAACUCAAAUAACCCGUCACCAGCCAAGCUAACAACUGAACCCAUAUACGCUAUAUCGACGAAAAAGUCAGUGACAAUCAAGUUUAAAGAACCUGACUUAGUACCUGAAACAUUAUUGAACAGUGAAAAUAUCGCUACAACGAAAAUAGAUUCAAAUAAUUCGUCAUCAAGCAUAACCAAUGAACCCAUAUAUGCUAUAUCAACUAAAAAGUCAAUAAAGAGCAACCCAAAAGAAUCUGACUUAGUAACAGAACCCGUUUAUGCAAUUUCAUCGAAAAUAAAAUCGAACGACAAACCAGACAAUUAACAUAGCAACACAAUGCAAUGCGCAUUUUAUGACGAUCUAUGACUAGUUGCACGAAAAUAGACUCAAACCAAAAUGAUGAUCAAUCUGUACUGUACGAUCAUGUUUAGCUUUUAUGUUGACAAAUCCUUCAAAAAAUUUAAAUAAUAAAGCACCCUAGUAAAUAUUAUACUUCAGAUAGCUACAUGUGUGAAUGUCUUUAAAUCUAAAUGCUUUUGUUGAAAGUAAAUCCGAAAAUUAAUAGCAAUGUACAGCAUCUCUGUUGGUAUAUUUUUGUUUCAAUUAAAUUUACAAACUAUGUUUGAACACAGCAUGUACAUGUUUGCGACUAUAAACACAUAUGCUUACAUAUACAGUCCACAACGACAUCGACCAGUAAAAUGUAAGCGGUCGUCCCAAAAACCGGCAAUGGUCGUGAAUGAAUUACUUGUAUGCAUGU